AUGCUUUUCGUCAAGACGCUUGCUUCUCUUGCUUUGUUGACACUAUCACAAGCUAUUCCUAUGCCACUGGCCGUUCCAGAUGAAGGUGCUACCUCAACUUUCUCAUAUGAUGUUGUAAACGUUGAUGGUUCAAACCAGCAAGCCACGUCUUCUGUGCUGGUUGCUACUGAUGGUAAUUCAGUUGAUACUGUGGGGGUGGCAGAGCCAACCACCACUAGUGUUGUCGGGACUACAAGUCAGCAAACGAAGAUUGUCACAAGCACCGAAGUUGUUGAAACCAAUGGUGCAGUUGUUACUGUUCUUUAUACCUCAACAGAGAUUGUGACUGUUCAUCCAAAGAGAACAGUCUGGGUCACUGUUACCGGUGAUACUGCUACUACCCCAGAGACGACAAGUACUUCAGUGACCACCAGUAGUACACCAGUGACCACCACUAGUACUACAAGUAACAUUGCUGAGGAAACUACCACUACUUCCGAGGAAACUACCACUACUUCUGAGGAAACUACCACUACUUCCGAGGAAACUACCACUACUUCUGAGGAGACUACCACUACUGAUCAGACAACUACCACUUCUGAUGAGACUACAACUACUCCAGUGGCUACCACCGCUUCUUCAAGUCAAAUAACAGGUAUUGAGGCCGACAGAACCGUCACCGUCCCAUCUGAGGGAGAUCUCAGCUCUCUUUCUUUGACUGUCAUUGAUGGAACCACUUACAUUGUCCGCGAGAUCGUGAGUACCAUCAGACCAGCAACCACCUACGUAUACACUUCAACGUAUACGUCGACAAUUGAUGGUGUCCCUGUCAUUAGUACUGCCGUUAUUGAAACCACACAAGAGGCUGUUACUUCACAGGACCCUGUCACUACAGAUACAACAGCUUCUUCUACUAGCCAGGCUACUGAGAGUGCUUCUCCAACUGAGACAGUUAUCCCAACAACGUCAUCAUCAACAUCAGCAAGUCCUGCAAGUACUGUUGAAGUCACAACACAGACAGCCUCUCCAAACUCAUCAAGCACAACCUCAGCUGCACCAUCAUCAACAACAACAAAGACAUCAUCUUCGUCUUCAACCAUCACAUCAGCACCUACACCAACUGUCAGCCCAACUACAACUUCUUUCAGCUAUACGGCUUACACAACUUUGGUCAACGCUGGUGUCUGCGAGGUCUACUACGACGAUGGUGAGUUUGAUAUUGAAUACGUUAGUGGGACCGAGGCUCUCAGUGCUUCAAGCACAACCACGAUUACGUCCAUGGUUUACGUCACAGUAUCCAUUGAUGCGUAA